AUGACGUCCUUCUUCUCUUUCGCUUCUCAACCAGUGGACGUGGAGAUCCGCCUUCAAGGGGAAGAUGACAGGAAACAAGUGGAAGUCAAAAGUGAGAAAGAGAAGAAAGAGAUGUGUCCCGUGUACUACGACGGGGAGAGUGUUGUAGGGCAGGUUCAUGUACGAGUCAAAGAUGGAAAGAAGUUCCAACAUGAUGGGAUACGGAUAGAGUUGAUCGGGUCUAUUGAACUAUUCUACGACAGAGGGAAUCAUUACGAAUUUGUGUCCAUGGCGCAGGAGUUAGCUUCGGCGGGAGAGAUGCGACAAGCUCAGUCAUAUGAUUUCACUUUCAAGAACGUGGAAAAGCAAUACGAGUCGUAUUCUGGUAUCAACGUCAAGUUACGAUACUACAUCCGAGUCACACUACAAAGACGAAUGGGCGAAGUGAUUAAAGAACGUGAAAUAUGGGUACACAGUUAUCGCAUGCCACAAGAUUCCACAACGACUAUCAAGAUGGAAGUGGGUAUCGAAGAUUGUCUACAUAUCGAAUUCGAGUAUAACAAAGCCAAAUACCACCUGAAAGACGUCAUUGUCGGCAAAAUAUAUUUCCUCCUAGUUCGGAUCAAAAUAAAACAUAUGGAAUUGUCUAUCAUCCGACGGGAGACGACUGGAUCAGCUCCGAAUCAGUACAACGAAUCAGAGACCAUCACCAAAUUUGAAAUCAUGGAUGGAGCUCCCGUCAGAGGGGAGACUAUACCCAUUCGAUUAUUCCUCGGAGGCUUUGAACUCACACCGACUUUUAGAGAUGUCAACAAGAAGUUUUCGGUUCGAUACUACCUCAACUUGGUGUUGAUAGAUGAAGAGAACAGGCGGUAUUUCAAACAAGGAGAGAUUACGAUAUUCAGGAUCCCGUGA